AAAAUGUCCAUCGACAUUUCCUACGAUUUCUAAUUGUUCAAGAGUCUGCUUAGUGUCUUGAUAUCCCCAAUCAUGCACAUAUAUCCCUUUAUAAUCUUUAUAAUAUGAUUCUCUUCACCCUGAGACGAUGUCGUCCUCCCGAGUCAUGCCUGCGGGCAGCUUGACAACAACCCACGACUUCGAUACCUUGGACCCCCAGUCUUACACUGCCCAUCGUCUUAAGCAUGCAUCCCCUGAGCAUCUACACCUCACCUCUCAGAGGUUUUUCAUCGGACCGAUACCCGAAGGCUGGCUCAACAGCAACAGGAAAUCAUGGUACAGGCGAAGGUUGGAAUUGAGCACCUACUCCUCGAGAAAAGCAAGUUUUAAUGCCGCUGCCGACACCGGGCCUCAUCAUAGGACUCACAGAUCUAUGACAGGCUUGGAUGGUCCGUCGACAGCCGCAAGGAUUUCAUUCGGCUUCCCACAGCCAGAAGACGUUUAUGAUGAGGCAUCGAGUGCAGGCGAGGAGGCCGAGCCAGAGAGCCCAGAAGAGGAGGAAGUCCUCGAAACAACGACCAUCGAGCCCGUUGCAACAAGUGAAGCUCCACGUGAACUCGGUGAUGGGCUACAAUCAGAGGAUAACGUAGCACCCCCGAAAGCUAUACCUGUACGAAAAGACAAAGGUUUAGACGAGACGACGAACGGGUCUGCCAAGAUUGUGACAUCUCCAGGUCCUACAUCGUUUUCAACCGCGAAGGAGCAGAUGUCGGCACCAUCUGACGGAGAGCCGUCCCUGCUAGAUGAUCGUCGAUCUAGACACGAUACCGACCAGGAGGAGACCGAUGGACAAGGGUCUCACCGGAUUUCCAGCGUGGGGACGAGCUCUAGGACACCUCUCCUAGAGCCGCAAGCUGGACCCUCAAGGCCUAAGGCGCUCCAACAACAUGAGCCGGCACCCAUCAAAGACGACACCUCGUACCAACUCAAACGUGCCACUACAGGAGUUCGCUUCAAGGUUACAGAAGGGGUCCAGCAACGUCGACGUCGGAUCGAGAGCAAGGCAGAGCGAGCUAUAGAUCGCGUUGCCGACCACAGACUAAGACGCAAUACCUUGAAAGAAGGGACCAUCGUCAAGAUGGAGAGGAUGCUGGUGAGAUGUGAUCUCACUAUGCAACCACCCCCAGAAGAUUUUGACGAGAACGAGAGCCAGAAGAUCGAGAUGAGACUCCUUGAGAAGUGGCGAGAGUAUAUGGUUGUGGCUAGGAAAAGCAAGAAGCAAGAUGCGGAUGAUUUCAGAUUGCAACUCUACAAAACUAGAGUGAUUCCUGAGAUUGACAAUGAAUCUACAAAGAAGAAGCCUGCGCACGAGAUCAGGCUCGAUCCCAAGACAACAAAUGUGAACCUGUAUUCCUCCCUGGACAAAACGGUAGUCAUUUGGCAUCCAUACAAAAAAGGAACCCGAAUUUUCGUCAUGAGACCCAGUUCGACGGCACAUUCUGUCGAAUGGUACACGUUCCUUCGGGAUGCUCUGGGUUGGCGGAGACCCAGCAUUCUCCACAUCAAUGUGCCCGACCUAGAUGUCACCUUGAAGCUUGAGCGGCCUUUUGAAGGUCUGGAGACUGCUGGGGCUGAUGCGACCGAUGAGCAGACUGCGUUCUCUAAGACCAUCGAGGCUGAGAAAGCUGUCGCCGGCACUAUCAUAACGAAGUGCCUGGAUAUGCUGAAGCGUGACCCUGAAUGGUCCAGCGUACUAAAAGUCUGGAGCGAAUCAGCUCAUAUGGGCCUUGCUUGGAAGAGAUACGACCGACUGGAGUGGGUUUAUGGUGCCAACGAACAGAAAAUGUAUGGCUCUAUGGCAAUGCAACGAUCGCACGAUCUGGAAUUACGACCCAAACAGCAUUACCCUACCCGCACUCACGGACGAAAAGGCAAGCUUCAUGAUGAGCCUAGCCCGAUCGAAGGAUUUCUUAUACGUCUCACGUCUCAGAAGGGCGUCCAGCAACGAUUCGGCAAAGCCUUCUUCAAGCGGUUGUACUUUUCCACUCACGAUCAAUUCUUGAUGUUCAAUCGGCCUGCAAAGGCCACACCACCACAUCCUCCUAGGUUAGCAACGAUCGGGGGUCAGAAUAUACCUUCUUCCCAAGAGAUUAUUGAUAAAACACCAUUAAUGUUCGAUGUCGACCCAUACAAACUGAAAGAUGGUGCCGUUUCCUGGUUGUCGUCCGGCGAUAGAUUGUCUAUACAGAGCCAUGACCGAGAUGCUCUUGAAGAAGCUCGACGCAAUGUCGCUAAUAUCCUUGAGUCAGACGGCUUUGUCAAUUUAUGCUACGUGAAGAAAGUACGAAAAAUCAAAUGGGGCGCUUCCCCAGCUGAUGACACGCUCGAUGCCGGUUCCGACUCUGAUGUUGAUUUCCAUCAGGAUGUUUCAGACACCAGGGCUGAAGACGGUACGACUAAGCAGAUUGACGAUGACCGUAUCUUUGAAAUUCUACUCGACAAUGGGCUCGUGAUACGCCUGCAAGCAUUUUCGAAACAAACUCGAGAUGAAUGGAUUUCGCGGCUCAAGAAAUUGGUCAAGUACUGGAAGUUGCGUGCUGCGGCUGAGAUGGACACGUACAAGGCCAUCCGACGAGCUAAUCUGGAAGAGCUCAAUAUCGACGAAGAACUCGAAGCAAUUAUCGGACAAUUUGCGAAGAAGUGGGAAGUCAGUCGAAGCCAGGCGAGUCCAGAGCUGUACAACAUGUGCGGCAUCAGUGUAUGCCGAAGCAUCACGAUGGCUGGUCCGCUAUACCUGAAGACCAAACGUCGAGCGGCUUUUCAUAGGAGCCAUGUCAUUCUCACUGGUGGCAAGCUUCUGAUCUACCAGGCUUCGUUGAGGAAACGGACCGGUGAACAGAUUCGCCACAUACACCAGGAGAAGCAACAGGUCGUGGAUCUGACAGAUUGUUAUGUUUAUAGUGGCCUGAUUGUCGAAGAUGACUUGCUCUACCAGAACAAGACGUUUGACGCCAACCAUCCCGGCAUAGCAAGUCUGCCACGAGUCUACCUCGAAGAUGGUUGGACAAGCGCCGACGUAGAUGUGAUGACAUGCUUUGUCGUGUGGCAGAACCGACGGAAAGGUUGGUUUCGGACAGCAGCAGCUGCCGAGGAUAACAAGUCUUCUUCUGAUGGACAACUAACGAGUGACGAUGCGAAGACUCGCGGAAAAACACGAGCCAAAUUGCGCCGCGUCGGACAGCUUGGUGUGCCUGGUCGGGGUAUGGUGUUCAAGUGUCGAAGCCGGGCUGAGAGAGACCGUUGGGUCCUGAGUGUCGCAAGUGAAAUCGAACGACUCGUUGAACAAGAGGUGGAAGAAUUGGGCGAUGAAGGGGAAUUUAGGUUUGAUAGGUGAAGAAGGAAAAAAAAGAAGAAUCGGCAUGGAGCGAACGGGAUGUAUCAUGUCUAAAUGAAUUGGAGGGAGGUCUUUGAUUAAGCAUGGCUGGCGUAUAAUGGUGAUGAACCCAAGACUGGGAUACAGUGUAUAUUCGGUACUAAACUCGACGGCCUGGGAUGGAGGUUGUUAGGCGAGGUUUGUGAUCAUGGCUCAGCGACAAACAACGACGGAAAGGGGAAUGGACAUGAAAAGGUUGAGGAAGUGGUUUAGCGAAUAUUCUUAAUACGGAGUAAUGGUUGAUGUUAAUCAUGAUGAGAUAUGCAGAGUUUUUCUGGAUCAGAUCCUAGAUGAAGUGAUUCACGC